UUUGCUUUUGGACAAAGCUGAGCCUUGUAUUUCAAACAAAAGACAACCAAUUACUAACUUCUGGUUGCUAGGCGUGGCCCCAGCUCAAACUCUAUAAAAUCAGUUCAGAGCUCCACUUGGAGACAGAAACCUUCAGAGAAGAGCCUCUCUUGAGUUCUUUGGAAGAAGGUAGAAGAAAAGGACACUCCUUCAAAAUGUCAAUGGUAUCAGAGUUCCUCAAGCAGGCCUACUUUAUAGACAAUCAAGAACAGGACUAUGUCAAAACUGUGAAGUCAUCCAAAGGUGGUCCUGGCUCAGCCGUGAGCCCCUACCCCAGCUUCGAUGCUUCCUCGGACGUUGCUGCUUUGCACAAAGCCAUCACUGUGAAAGGUGUGGAUGAGGCGACCAUCAUUGACAUUCUGACGAAGAGGAACAAUGCCCAGCGUCAGCAGAUCAAAGCAGCCUACCUCCAGGAGAAAGGGAAGCCACUGGACGAAGCUCUGAAGAAAGCCCUCACAGGGCAUCUGGAAGAGGUGGUUUUGGCUCUGCUGAAAACUCCAGCCCAGUUGGAUGCAGAUGAACUCCGCGCUGCCAUGAAGGGACUUGGAACUGAUGAAGAUACUCUGAUUGAAAUUUUGGUAUCAAGAAAGAACAGAGAAAUCAAAGAGAUUAAUAGAGUCUAUAGAGAUGAACUGAAAAGAGAUUUGGCCAAAGACAUCACCUCAGACACGUCUGGAGAUUUCCAGAAGGCUCUGCUUUCGCUCGCUAAGGGUGACCGAUGUGAAGAUCUCAGUGUGAAUGAUGACUUGGCUGACUCAGAUGCCAGGGCCUUAUAUGAAGCCGGAGAAAGGAGAAAGGGGACAGAUGUGAAUGUGUUCAUCACCAUCCUGACGACCCGAAGCUAUUCCCAUCUUCGCAGAGUGUUUCAGAAAUACACCAAGUACAGUCAGCAUGACAUGAACAAAGCUCUGGACCUGGAGCUGAAAGGUGACAUUGAAAACUGCCUCACAGCCAUCGUGAAAUGUGCCACAAGCACACCUGCUUUCUUUGCUGAGAAGCUUCAUCUGGCCAUGAAGGGUGCUGGAACUCGUCAUAAGGCGCUCAUCAGGAUUAUGGUCUCUCGCUCUGAAAUCGACAUGAACGAUAUCAAAGUGUACUAUCAGAAGAUGUAUGGCAUCUCUCUUUGCCAAGCCAUCCUGGAUGAAACCAAGGGAGAUUAUGAAAAAAUCCUGGUUGCUCUUUGUGGAGGGCAGUAAACAUUCCUUGGAGCUCUCAAGUACUCUUACCUGAAGACUUCUUAAUCACGGUUUUAUAUUUUUCAACGUUGGCUUAACGAGGAAGGUUUGUUGGACAGGUUCACAGUGUAACUGCUUGCUUUCUGAAAACAAAGUUAUCUAUACAUCUUUUUUUAUAUCACAACUCUGUAUAAUGGAGAUAAGCCUGCUUUUAAACUGUGUUUUCCAGAAGCUGUCAGACCCCGUAUACAAGUUGUUUUAUUGCCUGAGAGAGAUGUUUAUGUAGCCAAAAAUAAAAAAAAAAAAAAGUUA